AGCGCUUGCCCCGGGAAAAGACGGGAGGGGGAAAGGGGGAGAGCGCUAUGCCCCCCUCCCCAGGCCGUGGAGGGAAAGGGGCGCACACAGGCACGCGGGGAUUGCUCCUGCGGCGUCCCCCUCCCUCCCCCGCUUCCUCCCCGUUCUUGGUCCGGUCCGGUCGUUAGGAGGAGCCCUUGUCUCUCCUCGCCGUAGGAGUGGCCCGGCCGGGUUGGCCUUGUCGCAGGGCAGUCGAUAUGGGACGGGUCGCUUCCUCUGCCCUCAGCGCCGCUCUGUCUGUGUGGGAGCCAGUCUCACUCUUCCUGCGGCCAGCGGCGGGCGGGCGGGCGGGCAACCCCGGUGUUUGUCCCUAGGCUGGCCUGGUUGUUUAGCCACUGAGCCCCUUUGCAAGGGGUCUGGUGGCUGAUCCUUUUUGCUUCGGAUCCUGGCCGGUCUCUGUUGCGCCUUUGUUGCAGCUGCUUUGGCAGGAGAAGUCUCCGAGCUACUUAAUCGUUGAGAAGAAUUGGGCUGCCACUCUGCGUAGGUGGGAGCACUGGCCUCUUUAUCCUAGAGCAGGUCUGCAAAGCUUAAGGCCCCAGGGGCAGGAUCUGGCCGGCGGAGACUUCUGUGCUGGCCCACAGAUUAAACUGAGCAGCCCUCUACUACAGCUCACCUCAAGAAGUCGUGAGGCUGGAAUAUGUUCAUUAUCGCAGAACGCUGCUCAUUUUGAACUCUAAACUUUGUGCCUUACCCAAAUCUGCUUUGGGAAUUGGAAACUUGAAUCAAUGUUAUCAGAUGAGUUAGAGUCUAAACCAGAGCUGCUGGUUCAGUUUGUUCAAAACACAUCUAUUCCACUAGGACAGGGGCUUGUGGAAUCAGAAGCUAAAGAUAUUACUUGUCUGUCUCUCCUCCCUGUUACUGAAUCUCCAGAAUGCAAUCGGCUGAUGCUUCCAGAUGACUCUCCAGGCCACACUAGCCCUUCAAAAGAUGUUUCCUCCUCGGCUGUUUUACGGAGCCUCCAGGUGAAUGUUGGCCCUGAUGGUGAGGAGACAAGGGCACAAACUGUACAGAAGCCACCUGAGCUUCUGCCGAGCCCCGAUACGUCUAGCUUAUUGCAAGACCUCCAACCCAGUGAUAGCACUUCUUUUAUCCUCCUCAAUUUAACACGAACAGGUCUAGGUUCCCCAUCGGAGCACUUGGUGUUUGUCCAAGAUGAAGCAGAGGAUUCUGGGAACGACUUCUUCUCCAACGAUAGCACAGACAGCAGUACUCCAUGGUUUUUACGAGUGCAGGAACUAGCCCAUGACAGCUUGAUUGCUGCCACUCGAGCACAGCUCGCCAAGAAUGCCAAAGCAAGCAAUAAUGGUGAAAAUGUUCAUGUUUGCUCAGGAGAACCACAACCGAAAGAAUCUAGCCCCAUCCCUCACCUGCCCCGUGUGGAGAAAAAGUUGAAGUGCACCGUUGAAGGCUGUGAUAGGACAUUUGUGUGGCCGGCCCACUUCAAAUAUCACCUAAAAACCCACAGGAAUGACCGGUCCUUCAUCUGUCCUGCAAAAGAUUGUGGGAAAAGCUUCUAUGUCCUGCAGAGGUUGAAGGUACACAUGAGAACACACAAUGGGGAGAAGCCAUUCAUCUGCACUGAGCUAGGCUGUGGGAAACAGUUCACGACGGCUGGGAAUCUGAAAAAUCACCUGCGGAUUCAUACUGGGGAAAAACCCUUCUUGUGUGAAGCUCAGGGCUGUGGUCGUUCCUUUGCUGAAUACUCCAGCCUUCGGAAACACCUAGUUGUCCACUCAGGAGUAAAGCCCCACCAAUGCCAAAUCUGUGGGAAGACGUUUUCUCAGAGUGGUAGUAGGAAUGUGCACAUGAAGAAACAUCAUUCCAGAGCUGGAACAGCUAGCAAUAGACAGCACGAACAAACAGAAUCGCUUAUGGGUAGUAGUCUGUUGGAAGAAUCUGAAGUGCACAGCAAGAAUCUGGUGUCCAUGAGCUCACCACCUAGCCUAGGUGUGGAAUCCUUGCACUUGCCAGAUACAGAAUCAAUUAUUGGUGUAAAAGAGGAGGUUCUUGUUGAAGCAACAACAAACACGCUCCAUGGUGCACCUGAUGUGGUUUUGCCGUCUCAUCAUCUGAUGCCCAUGUCAACAUCAAGGCACACCUAUGGGGUGUCAGCUUUGCUACAGUAAAUCCACAGAUACAGAAGGAAGAACAAAACUAUGACGUAUUGAACACAUGUGAAGGCUUGUGUGGUGUGCUCAAGAAGCCAUGUGGUACCUGAAUUCCCAGAGUUCAUGCUGUGCCUGUAGCAUACCUUUCAUGACAUGCUGGACUGGAGGCCUGGAAUAUGGUUCUGCUUCAGUCACUGGAAACUUUGUUUCCUGAAGAAGAGAGCUGCAACUAAUGUUUGAACAAUGUGGUGUUCCUGUUGAACCUCCAAAGGCCAGGAGACAACUCAUGUAACUAGUCCAGAGAGCCUCCCGCCCCCAUCCCUUCUGAAGCUGGUCAUAAGCUCGGCAUUAUAUUGGCUUGUUCUCCUUGGAGAAGUAGCUUUUUAGAUUGUAGUGAAUUCUGCCACAAGGUACUGCACUCUUGUUCUUGCUUCUGAGUUGAGGGGUGGUUCUGUGGUUUCUUUUGGAGCUAGAGCUUCCACAUCCCCUUGCUUUGUGCAGAUACAUUCACUAAUGCUGCUUUUGCUCGAAAUUAAAGACCUGAUGAUCUUCAGUGGAUUGCCUAAGACACCCUGUUACUUGCUUCUCAUCGCAAUAUUUUAAUUUCUAAUUAUUAAGGUUUUUAGGACUUUUAAUUUAAAAGAAAAUCAGAGGUAGAAACUAUUCAGUGGUGUUCGAUUGUAAAUAAACCAUGUAUUUCAACAUCUGAAGAA